GCCGACGACAAUGACAAUGGGAAGGACGAUGACGGCGAGAUGGAGAUUUGUCCGCUUUGGAGGAAGGGAGGAGGUACUGGGGCCACAAACAAGUCGACUGAACCACGUGCGGGGCGGAAAGGCAAGAAGGCUGUGGAUGACACGUCCACAGGCGAUGGAGGGAAAAGCAGGAAUUUUUGGACCGUCGAUCAUAUGAUCGCUCUGGUCCGGGCGAAAAGAGACCAGGAUUUGCAUCUCGCCGGGCUGGGGCACAACUAUGGACGGAUAAAGUCGAGGACAUGGAAGUGGGAUGACAUUGAGAAGAGGCUCGUGAAGGCGGGGGUGACUACUAGGAAGGUCAAGAAAUGCGGUAGAAAAUGGGACAACCUGUACCAGCAGUUCAAAUCCGUGCAUCGAUCCAUGGGACAAUCCGGGAAGCAAAAUUUCUUCACACUAACGCCGGCGGAGAAGAAGGAGAAAGGGUUCAACUUUCGGAUGGAUGAGCGUGUGUAUUCCGAGAUGAACGAGAUGUCGAAGGCAGAUCACAAUAUUCACCCGGUGAAUCUCGCGGACAUGGGUGCGGCUGGAGGGGUUCAGAUGGUUAGGCCAAGUGGCGACCAGAACGAAUCCGCGGCUGGCGAGGGAUUUGGGGACGGACAAGACGACGACCAGGGAUCGACGAGGGAUUCGACAUUCAGCGGUGGUAGUGCAGGCGGGGGCGCAAAAGGAAGAAUGUCAGACAAUAGACCUUCGAUGCGAUCACCGACAUCAUGGGUAAGCACGGAAGCUGAUGGCGACAACGGUGGACAGCGCGUCGACCCGCACCAAAACAUCGACCCGAAUCCGGCGCGCAGCGGACCUGUAGCGAGGAGCAGCAAUUUGAACGUCAACAAGAUGGUGUUGAAGGAGUCGGAGCAGCGCAGCAGUUUCCCCCGCAGGCAUGUAUCAGAUUCCCCGUUCGCGCUUCGUGCGUGUAAUUCAGUUGACCGCAAUGGAAAACUGUCGGCUGUCGUGGCCACGGUGGGUGAUGCGCUCUCGCUCUCGCUGUCGAUUCCUGCGGUCGAUCAGCCAGCUAGUUUGGCGGGAGAUGUUGUGCGCCCUUUCGUGCCCUUCUGCGGCCGCUGCUGCUCGAGUGGCCAAGCAGAAGCCCGAGACACGUGUAUGCGUGCGGACUCUCGAGUUUCUACUGACCCCUGCGGCUCUCAAGGGUUGUGUCGGCAGUUGCUGUGCGAUGGUAGGAAGCUUGAUGGGGAGAAUGUCUCCGUACGUAGUAGUCAGGGUGUGACGACCAGCAUCGCUUCGCUUCCGACGGACAUUCUCCUGGAGUGCUUGGCCCUCAUCCCGCGUCGAGACCAUCGCCAUCUCCGGGCAGUGUGUCGGUUAUGGCGUUCGCUGGUCGACAGCUGUCAGCUGUACGAGCAACGCAAGCGAAUGGGAAUUACGGAGAAGUGGCUUUACGUUCUCGACAAGUUCUUCGAUUUCUCGGUGGAUCGAAACGAUUGCCUGGAGGGGGAGUUUUACGACCCCAAGUUCGACACCUGGCGGUCAUUUGAACCCCUUCCUGAUUGCCAUGGCAGACCAGCUGGCUCGCGGGAAGGAUUCGGCUGUGCGGUGAUCGGUCGGGAGAUUUUUCUCUUUGGAGGGCACGUGGCUGUUCCUUCCAUGAGCAGUCGGAGGCUUGAACGAACGGAAAGCAGAAGGGAGGGGAACACAGCGAAGGAAGAGAAAGAGGAAUUGGAGGGAAAGGGCUUUGAGUUUGCUGACUGUGUUGACGACCUAUGGACGGCGGAGGCGGAGGCGGUGCGAUUUUUGCGGAACGUUGCUGCUGCGGAAAGAAGGGGGGCGCGUAAGUCCUACUCACCGGCCCGGAUUGUGUCGCCAUCCUGGGGGGCCAGCGGGAAACGUCUGCAUGGAGGUGGGAUCGCCGCGGAGGGGCGAGACAGAGGAACGAGAACGAAGUGCGGCAAGGAGAGGUGGACCCGCUACACGACGCCGGAGUUGCUGAAAUUAGAUCUCCAGAAUCCUUGUUGUCGGUACGAAAAGCGGGUGAUGCAACCUAUGAUCGAGCCGCGCGCGGAUUUCGCUUGGGGGGUGGUUGACAGGAAAGUCAUCGUGGCAGGAGGUCGGAGGAUAGAGGGAGUCCGGCAUUUCCUCAGGGAGUCGUCGGCAAUACCUGAGGACGAUGUCUGGGAAGAUGCCGAGGAGGAGGAGGAGGAAAAGGAGGAGGAAAAGGAGGAGGGGAAGGAAGACGAGGUUGGCGUGGUCGUGGAUCGAUCGCUUUCGUUACGUCGAAGCGGACGAAGCAGUCCCGACGCGCGGACUGAGCCCGCCGAACAGCUUCGGGGCGGCGGCGGUGGCGACGGCGGCGGCGGCGGCGGUAAAUCGCAGCACAAGGCCGGGCGAGGGAUGGUCGCCUUAGAUUCGGUUGAGAUCUAUGAUCCGGUGAUGAACACGUGGCAGUCUCUUCCACGCAUGCAGAGGCCUCGUUAUGGGUGUAGAGGCGAGGUGAUGGAGGGGAGUUUCAUAGUGAUUGGCGGAUAUGAACCGAUCGGCGUGGUGGUCGAUGAUGAUGAAGACAACGACCACCACCGACAUUUCUCGUCGGCAGGAGUCGAAGGACGACGUCGUGGUGGCUCCACCUGCUGGGUGGCGAGUGAAUCCGUGAUGGCGUACGACUUCUCAACUCAAAGGUGGGAGUUGCGGACUUAUCUUCCCUCCUUCCCUAGGUUCGAGACGGAGUGUUAUCGGAACUUCGGCUGCACGGUCAUGAAUGAUAGGUUGGUAGUUGUGAGUGGGAGUCAUCGUGUGGUGGCUCCUCGUGCAAGGAGCCUCCUCAAGUUCAAUAACGCGAUUAUGGCUCACGACGGCUUGCGAAGCCCGUUCUGGAAGGUUCUAGAUCGAUUGCCGCCUCAUCAAACGAGAGGAGGUGGCGAAUGCCGACAACACCGACAGCAUCAUCGGGAACACCGAGAGUAUGAUUGGGAGAUGGAGAAGGAGAAACGCAUGGGGGUAAGGUUUUGGCAAGGAGAUCGGUAUCAUCAAGGGACUGAUUGGUGUACGAAAGUCAGCGCCCAGCCUGGAACACGGCAGGGAUGUGUCUGUGCGGUGCUAGAGGAGAAGUUGUACGUCGUCGGGGGGCGAAACGUUGUCGUUGACGACUUGAACGAACUUCCAGACGGCGGCGGCAAAUGUGUCAGGGGUUGUUCUAAUAAGAGAAUCGACAGUCAGAAACGGCCAGGGUCAGAUAAUAUCCUGUUUCGAACAGAUCUGCUCGACACAGUGGUGGAGUACUCUGCAUCCGCAACAGCCGACGAUGGAGGAAUGGCGGGAGGAGAAGAAGGACGGAGAGAGUUCGUUGGGUGUUUUCCGCGUGGUAACACUGGUAAGGGGUCUCUUCCUUUGCGUCUUGUGAAACCGAUGCGCCGCGGUCGUGCCGACUGCAUCUGUUUUGUUAUGGAAGGGUGAUUUCUCUUUUUGGGUUUUAAAAGCAGCGUGUAGUGCAAAUCGCAGCGGUGGGAGGUGAUAGCUCCGCUCCUCUCUUUUUGGUUUUCCGUGUUUUCCCUUUUUUUUUUUUUUUUUUUUUGCCUGCCCUCGAAUUUCAUUCCGUCAAGGUAACAAUUCCGCGGGUAGAUUUUGGGGCGGCGGGAGGAGGGGGUGGUAUAUGUCUUGUACAAUAUAUAGAGCAAGGUUAUUGAAUGCGCUCCAGAUUGAAAAGACCAGGUGUCGUACUCCAAAAAUAUCCACUUAGUUGAUGUAUUACGAUUUGGAGUUAGCAAAUCAAUUAAGCAGUAUGGU